AUGGGUUGCUUCUGCAAGGAGAUGACAAAGACAUUCAUUGGUGCCACACUCGGUGGCAUGACAGCCAUCAUUGCCGAGCGCGGUGUCAAGGGUGCUCAGGGCUCAGCCAACUUAGCUGACAUUGCUCUCUCUGGCAUGCACGUUGGUGUCAACUUCAUCGCCUACCCAGUUGCUCUUCAGGUUCUCUCUGAUGCCUUCCCAAAGUUCAAGAAGAAUAAGGAAGAUCCAAACGGCAACAAGGCCAUCGUCUACGUUGCUGGUGGUAUCACUGGCGCUCUCCUUGGCACACUUGCUAAGUAUCCAAUCGUCAAGGUUCAGGAAUUCCGUGCUAAGGGCAAGACAACAGUUUCACCAACAGAAGUUGCUUCCAGAUUCGUCGAUUCAAUCGGUGGCUCCAUCGGCUUUGCUGCUACAAUGGGCACAGUUGCUCCACAUGUCCCAGCUUGCCCGAACAGCCUCGGCUCAUGGGCUCGUGGCCACCUCUUAGUCCACAUUUCCGAUCUUGGUGCUACAUUAUUAUCCUUCCCAGUUGCUCGCAUCCGCUAUGGUGCUUCCCUUGGUGGCAUGAUCCAGGGCUGGGCUAAGGGCCGCCUCGGCACAACAAUCAUCGGUGACGCUACACACCACUUCAAGGAUGUUCUUGCCUUCAUUAACUAA